AUGAACCAGACAUUUGCACGAUUUGUUCUUAUUGGGCUUUCCACCGACCCAUAUGUUCAGCCGCUCAUUUUUAUUAUCUUCUUACUGAUAUAUACGGUCACAAUCCUAGGGAAUGUUCUGAUUAUUAUAGUGGUUAGGAUUGGCAUUCACCUGCAGACGCCUAUGUACUUCUUUCUCAGUAACCUGUCCUUUAUUGACCUUUUCUUCUCCACUUCUGUUGUGCCUAAACUCUUAAUAAACACUUUGUCCGAAGACAAGAGUAUCUCCUUCUUGGGAUGUGUGGCACAGAUGUAUUUCACCUUGGCUUUGGGUGGAACGGAAUGCCUUAUUUUGGCCAUCAUGGGUUAUGAUCGGUAUGUAGCCAUCUGUAACCCUUUACAUUAUAACACCAUCAUGAGCUUAAGGAUCUGUGUGAUAAUAUCGACUGGAAUAUGGGUUUUCAAUUUCUCUAACUCUAUGUUUUAUGCAGUAAUCACCUUCCAACUUCCUUACUGUAAGUCGAACGAUGUCAACCACUACUUCUGUGAGAUGCCUCCACUUUUCCAUCUGUCUUGUAAAGACACCUUGAUGGAAAAAAUAGCCGUAUAUAUUUCAGGAUCAAUUGUAGGUCUUUGUGCAUUUGUGUUGACACUCCUGUCCUAUGCCCAAAUUAUUUUUACCAUCUUAAAGAUUCGAUCCACUACAGGACAGAAGAAGGCCUUUUCCACGUGUACCUCUCAUAUUUGUGUUAUUUCAUUAUACUAUGGUAGCAUUGUCUUUAUGUACUUACGGCCUCGAGGUAGUUAUUCUGUGGAAAAAGACAGGGCAGUGGCCAUUUUCUACACAGUCAUAACACCUAUGUUUAAUCCGAUUAUUUACAGUAUAAGAAACAAUGAAGUGAAAGGGACAAUGAAGAAGCUACUUAAGAAAGAGUUGCAAACCAGUGUGAUUAAAAUUAGAAUCUAA